CGUACAACUCCAACAACACUACAACAGCGACUCUGUUCCGCGUCCGACUUCCGGUCUUUCUCAUUUCACACUCAAGUGCUGAUCCACUGAUUUGAUCUGCCAGGCCGACCGGACUGAGUUUUUGUUCGUUAUAUCUCCAUCUAAAGUCAACGUCGUCUUCUCUUCCAACGCCGAGCAGAAUGGCUAAAAGCCGGGAGGUUGCUGAAGCGGAGGCGUCCAGCGUGCCAGAUGGAGCUCCGAACGUUUCGUAUGUGUUCAUUGUGAUGGGUGCUUCUGGUGACCUAGCCAAGAAGAAGAUUUAUCCAUGCUUAUGGGUGUUGUUCCGGGAUGGCUACCUCCCGACCGGCACCAAGUUUGUCGGCUAUGCACGGUCCAACAUGACUAUUCCUCAGCUCCGCGAAAGGUCCAAGCCCUUUCUGAAGGUCAAGGAUGGACAGGAGGCGCGCCUCGAGGAGUUCUUCUCAAUGUGCUCGUAUGUUAGCGGUCCUUACGACAAGGUCGAGGGCUUCCAAAAGCUCGACCAGGCCCUGAUCAAGAUUGAGGACGAGAGUGCGCCGGGAAAACCUGCUAAUCGUGUGUUCUAUCUGGCUCUGCCACCGUCCGUUUUCAUGCCGGUCACAGAGAAUAUCAAGGCGGCGUGUAUGAGUAAAAGGGGCUAUAGCCGUGUGAUUGUGGAGAAGCCGUUUGGCCGCGACUCGGAGAGCUCAGCUGUCCUGUCCAGGCACCUUACGUCCCUUUUCAAGGAGGAGGAGAUGUAUCGUAUUGACCACUACCUUGGCAAAGAAAUGGUGCAGAAUCUCAUGGUUCUCAGGUUUGCGAAUGCCAUGUUCCAGCCAGUUUGGAACCGAAACAACAUCAACGCUGUUGUUAUCACCUUCAAGGAGCCGUUUGGCACCAAGGGACGUGGCGGUUACUUUGACGAGUUUGGCAUCAUCCGUGACGUCAUGCAAAACCAUCUCCUGCAAUUGCUGUGUCUUGUUGCCAUGGAGAAACCAGCCAGCAUCAGCCCAGAGGAUAUUCGUGAUGAGAAGGUCAAGGUUCUGAAAUGCAUACGUCCUUUGGAAAUGAGCGAUGUUGUUUUGGGCCAAUAUGUGGGAAAGCCUGAUGGAGAAGGAGAGGAACGUGAUGGGUAUCUGGAUGACCCCACUGUGCCCAAGGGCUCGGUGACUCCUACAUUUGCUGCCGCCGUCUUCCACAUCAAGAAUGAGCGCUGGGAUGGUGUUCCAUUCAUCAUGAAGUGUGGAAAGGCCCUGAAUGAGCGUAAAGCCGAGAUUCGUGUCCAGUACAGGGAUAUUCCUGGUGACAUUUUCCAUGGGCAGUGCCGACGCAAUGAGUUCGUUAUCCGUGUCCAGCCGAAAGAGGCUGUGUACAUGAAGGUAAUGGCUAAGAAGCCAGGACGUGAUACUGGUAUGGUGGAGACAGAACUUGACCUGUCCUAUCACUUGAGAUUCAAGGAUGUGAGCCUUCCCGACGCCUACGAACGCCUCAUCCAGGACGUCUUCCUUGGCAAUCAGAUGAACUUUGUGCGCAGUGAUGAACUAGCUGAGGCAUGGCGUGUGUUCACCCCUCUGCUGCACCGUAUUGAAAAUGACAAGAUUGCUCCAGUGCAGUAUCAGUAUGGCGGUCGUGGUCCCAAGGAGGCAGAUGAGCUGAUUGCACGUGCUGGCUAUAGUUACACUGGAACCUACUCGUGGAAGUCAGCCACUUCCUAAGGACACCGACACACUGAACACUAACCUCUGCACACCUAUCAUCACCUGCUUUCCACUGUACUCAGACCGGGUCUGUGAGGUGAUGUCUGCGCUGAGAUGCUGAUGCACGGUUUUGAAGUCAGGUAUUGUGCACUGUGUGUAUGUGUGUGUGCAUGCGCUGUGUGCGUUGUGUUUGCGUCACAUGACCACCUCACCGCAUGGACAUGAACCGUUCAGCAGGCAUAGUACUUUAGUUGGAGCAUUACGCUCUAAUAGUGGCACUCCUCACAUGUAUUGGUCAUUAUCACUGUAAGCAUUUCACCAGUUCUCAUGUGCACAUUACCCUAGAAUUCAUGCACGAGCACUUGCCCAACCCGUUUGCGAUUGAUCCUGCGGUGAUUUUCCGCCGGACAUGAGCUCCUCUGUGAUUUUUGGAUCCUGGACACAGCGGAUGUCCUGGGCAAGCAACAGAAUAAUCUGUAGCCACAGCGUUGGUACGUCUUCUCUUACCUCUGCUCAAGAAUAGUACACAGUAAUGCAACUUUCCCGUCCCGCCGCUAGAUUUGACAUUUCAAUGAAUGCUGCAACAUGUUUGUUGUGCAUGAUGCCUGUGGGUGUAUCCAACCUGCCAGUAAAACUAGACAUCGGAUUUCCCUGGUGCCAGUGGUGGAUCACUGCAUCUUUACCGCUCGUAUCCUCUUCCCCAUAGUACUUUUUAGAGUUUUAUCGCAGUUUUAUUUUUUGCCAGCUAUCACAGUCCGGCGUAUCAUAGUCUCCCUCUUUUUACCACUUGCUGCUCUUCUCGUAUGACAUACCCAGGGCCUUACUUUCCGCCGACCUGUGUUCUCCUAGCUGUAGUUGAAGCCGUUUUGCCAA